AUGGCGAGAGGAAACCAGACGAUCAUAACUGAAUUUACCCUUGUUGGAUUUUCUACAGUUCUUCAACUAAAGUAUUUCCUCUUCAUGAUCUUCCUCUGCAUUUUUAUGAUUUCACUUUUGGCUCAUAUGUUUAUAAUUCUUUUGUACAGAUUCAGUCCAAAUCUUCACACUCCUAUGUAUUUUUUUCUUGCCAAUUUCUCCAUUGUGGAGAUAUAUUAUGCGUUAACUAUCAGUCCAAAAAUGCUGGUCAACCUUCUCUCUCAGCACAAUACUAUCAGCUUCUAUGGAUGUGCCAUACAAAUGUGCUGUUAUCUAUUAUUGGCUAGUGCAGAAUGCUAUAUGCUGGCAGCCAUGGCAUAUGAUCGCUAUAACGCCAUUUGUCAUCCUUUGCUAUAUAAUAAUAUCAUGAGGAAGAUAGUUUGCAUCAGGCUGGUCAUUGGUUGUUGGCUCAUUGGGGCAAUGGUUGGUGUCCUACAAACCAAAUUAAUAUUUUCAUUACCAUUCUGCAGGUCCAAUAGAAUCAACAAUUUUUACUGUGACAUUCCUCCAUUAAUAAGUCUGGCAUGUAAUAACACACAGUUCAAUGAAAUCCUCAUGCUGAUAAUCACUUUUAUUAUUAUUGUAGGGCCAUUUAUAGUGAUAGUAAUUUCGUAUGCCAACAUAAUCUGGACAAUUCUCAAGCACCAUCCUGCAGGGAUGAGGAAAAAAGCUUUCUCCACUUGUACCUCCCACCUGAUAGUUGUAUGUUUGUCAGGUGGGUCAUCCACUAUAAUGUACUUGAGACCAAAGUCAAGUUAUGGCAUGAAUGAAGAGAAGUUUUUGUCCCUUUUGUAUGCUGUUAUUGUCCCAUUGAUGAACCCUUUUAUAUAUAGUUUAAGGAAUAAUGAUGUAAAGAAAGCAGUUAAAAAGAUAAUGUGUGACAUUAAAUAG